AUGGCGUCUGUUGCAACAAACUACAUCAGCGUCGGUGGUAACCGCCACCCAGGUGCCGCCGACUGGGACGUUCAGUCCGGCGUGCUUGCCUACGGUGCGGACAACAAUGUCGCGCUGUGGGAGCCUCUGGAGUCCUCCCAGCGAGGUGUCUAUGCCCUACUUGUUGGCCACACCGACAAGGUCAGCGUCGUCAGAUUUUACACAUGCCCCUCCACCGGAACGAGAUUUAUCAUUACCGGAUCGGUCGAUCGCACCAUUCGAGUAUGGCAACAAGAUCCGAAAGACUCGCACAACUACAGACAUGCCUGCACUCUCGAAGGCCAUACGGGGUCUGUGAAUGCGAUAGCCGUGGCGGAUGGCACGGACAUCAUCGCAUCGGGCGCCGCAGAUGGGACUGUUCGGAUAUGGAGAAUCAAUGCGCAGGACGAAUUGAAGUCCGAGCUACUGGGUACAAUCACCAUGAAACCUCGAUUCUUCCCGCUGACUCUGGCGCUACGGUCACUCGGGAAUGUGAAUGGUGGACCGUUGGUGUUGGCUGUUGCGGGCACCAUGACAGCAAUCCAGAUCUUUGUAGCAGAGUCGUCCACCGACAAGCCAGUUUUCUCGCGUCGCGCUAUUUUGACAGGCCACGAAGCUUGGGUUCGGUCCCUUUCGUUCACUCAGGACAAGCAGAAUGACCCCAACGAUCUCUUGCUGGCAUCAGCUAGUCAAGAUAAAUAUAUCCGUCUAUGGCGGUUGCGUCGCGGUGAAGCGAACAUUGCUGCACCAAUCGACGAAGCAGACCCAUUGCUAGGCGGAAUGGAACCCACGCUGUCAAACAAAGCCCAUGGAUUUGAGGCUGAUGGCGCGAAGUAUUCAGUAACCUUUGAAGCUCUUCUUUUCGGCAAUGAAGACUGGAUCUACACUGCCACAUGGAACCCUGUCCCGACAAAAUCACAGCUUCUAUCGGUUUCUGCGGAUAACACGGUCACCAUCUGGGAGCAAGACCCUGUAUCAGGCGUUUGGAUGUCUGCAGAGCGAAUGGGUGAGAUCAGCGUACAAAAAGGCUCCACGACUGCAACCGGAAGUGCGGGUGGCUUCUGGAUUGGACUUUGGUCUCCUAGUGGUAAGCAGGUUGUCAGUCUCGGCCGCACUGGUAGCUGGAGAGUAUGGCAACAUGACUCCGAAGCGGACAUCUGGGAACAGCACUUCGGUAUCUCAGGACAUGUCCGCUCGGUAAACGGUGUUCAAUGGGAGCCUAGUGGCGGCUAUCUACUCUCCACCAGUGCAGACCAAACAACUCGUCUUCAUGCCAAAUGGUUGCGGAACGAUCGACAAUCGUGGCAUGAGUUUGCACGGCCACAAAUUCACGGAUAUGACUUGAACUGCGUGGAUACAUUGGGUCCAUUGCAGUUCGUAUCUGGUGCGGAAGAGAAAUUGCUACGUGUUUUCAAUGAGCCCAAACAAACCGCCGAGCUGCUCGAGAAACUGACUGGUUUUAAACAAACGGCCAAGGAUGAACUGCCCGAUACAGCCGAAAUCCCAGUACUCGGCCUCUCGAACAAGGCACAAGGUGACGAGAAUGUGAUUGAGGAUGAGGAAGAGAACGCAGGCAAAACCCCCGCGCCUAUUGCUUCUCUGGUCGGUGAUAAGCCACCUCUGGAGGACCAACUUUCUCGUUAUACACUGUGGCCGGAGCAUGAGAAGCUCUAUGGCCAUGGUUAUGAGAUCUCCGCCGUUGCUGUUAGCCACGAUCGUCGACUCAUCGCCACUGCCUGCAAGGCAACCUCUCUUGAUCACGCCGUGAUCCGACUGUACGAUACAUCAGACUGGCAUGAGAUCAAGCCUCCUCUCACGGCCCACUCUCUUACUAUCUAUGACCUUUCUUUCUCCGACGAUGACAAGUACCUUCUCAGUGUGGGCCGAGAUCGACAAUGGGCCGUCUUUGCGCGCAGCGACGAAGAUCCAACUCUUUUUUACAACUAUACCUCGAACCCUAAGGGUCACUCUCGAAUGAUCCUCGGGGCGGCGUGGGCUCCGACCACCACCGACCGCAUCUUUGCGACGGCGGGACGUGAUAAAUCUGUCAAGAUCUGGCAAAAGACCGAGGAUACAUUCACCUGCAAGACCACUGUGCCUUUGACAUCUGCAGUCUCGGCCAUUGCAUUCCUGCCCACGGCAUGCCAGAAUUCGUUCAUUCUUGCUGCGGGAGAGGACAGUGGUGCUCUGUCUAUCUAUUGUAUUUCGAUUGAUACUUUGGAGGCCCAGCUUGUAGUCAAUGUCGAUUGGGAGAUUGCCCCCUCAAGAGCGAUUACACAAUUAUCAUGGCGGCCGGUGUCGGCCACCGAGGCCAACACCAAGACACGGUUUGAACUUGCCGUCGCUAGCGAGGACACCUCAGUCCGCAUAUACACAGUCUCGGACAUACUUUCAUGA